AUGUCUAACCGUGCACAAUUGUCGAAUCCGGCGGCGUUAGCGGCUGCUGCCGCAUCACAUAACCCAUCGAGCUCGAAUUCGAGUAACAACUCGGUGGUUGGGUUACACUACAAGAUAGGAAAGAAGAUUGGGGAGGGGUCGUUUGGAGUUAUAUUUGAAGGUACGAAUAUAAUAAACGGGGUUGCGGUAGCCAUCAAAUUUGAGCCUAGAAAGACGGAGGCACCCCAGUUGAGAGACGAGUAUCGCACUUACAAGCACUUGCAAGGGAGCGAAGGUAUUCCAAGUGCUUAUUACUUUGGUCAAGAAGGUUUGCAUAAUAUUUUAGUUAUUGACUUGUUAGGGCCCUCAUUGGAAGACUUGUUUGACUGGUGUGGCAGGAGGUUCUCGGUCAAGACCGUGGCGCAGAUUGCGAUCCAGAUGUUGAGUUUGAUUGAAGAAGUCCAUCGCCAUGAUCUUAUCUACAGAGACAUCAAGCCGGAUAACUUUUUGAUUGGACGCCAAGGUUUGGUUGACGAGAACCAUGUCCAUUUAGUCGAUUUUGGUAUGGCCAAGCAAUAUAGAGAUCCUAGAACUAAACAGCAUAUUCCUUAUAGAGAGAAGAAAUCGUUAAGUGGUACCGCUCGUUACAUGUCUAUCAACACUCAUCUUGGGAGAGAACAACUGAGAAGAGAUGAUUUAGAAGCGUUGGGCCAUGUAUUCUUCUAUUUCUUGAGAGGCCAAUUGCCAUGGCAAGGGUUAAAGGCACCAACUAACAAGCAAAAAUACGAGAAGAUUGGUGACAAAAAACGUACUACUCCGGCACUCCAGUUGUGUGACGGCUUACCAAGACAAUUUGCUGAAUACUUGGACUCGGUACGUAGUUUAGCGUUCGAUGCAGAGCCAGCGUAUGAAGAAUACAGAAUGCUAUUCUUAUCCAUAUUAGACGACUUAGGACAAGCAUGCGAUGAAGACUUUGAUUGGUUGCAUCUUAACAACGGCAAAGGAUGGGAUUCUAGCAUUAAUAAGAAGCCAAACUUACAUGGUUACGGACAUCCAAACCCACCAAACGAAAGAGACAGACGUCAUCGUGAUCAAAGAAGAAGUAGACAACAUCACGCUUCUCAUCACCCACAGGCGCCAGCAUCACAACAAGCGCAACCUCCUUCGACUCAAAUGACUACAGCUCAAUUACAUCAACAAAAGUUACAACAUUUGGUUAACAGACCAUUACCACCAAUUAAGCAAGAAUCACAAACGGGCAUGAAUGCAAAUGCUAUGGACGAAUCUGCACUUAAGGCACCUCAAUCUAAGAAUUACGAGAACACUGCAGCAAACAGACAAAACCAAUACGACCAGCAACAAAUGGUUGAUGAUAAUGAAGAGACUAAAGGAUUUUGGUCUAAAUUAUGCUGCCAUUAA